CAGGGCCGCUCGCGAUUCGGGAAAACUGAGCCGACAAGGGCCUGGUUGCUCGGGACUCGGCGCGCACUGCUUGCUUUGCGGGCAGAUCCUUCUGUUCCAGGCCACGGUCAGCGCUCCGUGGGGGUGGGAAACGAACUGUCGGGGCCUCAGUUUCCCUCCCACGUGCCUUGCCGGCAGCUCAGGUGGGCUCUUGGCGCGCCCCCCCCAGGCCGCAGAUAGGCGGGAGGAGGAGGCCACUGAUAACUCCAGGGGCCAGGUCGCUGUCCUUCGCCUUAAGCUAGCCAAGGGGGUUGAAAUGCCCACUCCUGCCAGGCCGAGGUGGGGGAGGUGGCAACCUGUGGACAACCGGAGUUUACAGUUCUUGGUCUGAGUAAUUUUGAGCCUGUGGCUCAACUUUUUGUUUCUAACUGGUUCCGGCCCUUUAUCCUCUUCAGAACCAGCGAUCGCGCUCCUUUAGUUUGGGAAGCUUUCUCAACAGAAUUCGGUCUCUAUCCAAGCUAUGAUAUGCAUACUUUUGUUCUACUCCCUGUUCUUGAUUUCACAUUAGCAGACUGUAAGUCCCUCCUCCUAGACCAAAUUUUAACACAUCCAGGUUCCGGUAAGAAGUUACCUGGUAAGACUGAUCAGUAGAUAUGUAGAGAAAGGAACUAGAUUUCAGAAGCAAGGGAGUGAUUUCUGUAGCUUCUCAGCAUGCCCAGACGGUUUAAAGGAGAGCACGGGGUACUGUUAUGCAAGUUUUUGGAUUUUAGCUGUGAAGUCUGAAAGCACUGCCAACUGCGUGGAAGAACAAGGCAGAAACUGUAAUUUAGUUGUAAAUGUUGAUCCUUUCCAAAUGUCAUCUCUCUCUAUUCGUUCCCAGCCUCCAGUUUUCUUAAAAUUGGAGGAGUGCUUUAAAAUGGACUUAAGUCACAACAGAUUAUCUUCCAUCAAGGCAAGUUCCAUGAGCCAUCUUCAGAGCCUUCGAGAAGUUAAACUGAAUAACAAUGAAUUGGAGACCAUUCCAAAUCUGGGACCAGUCUCGACAAACAUUACACUUCUCUCUUUGGCUGGAAACAGGAUUGUUGAAAUAGUACCUGAACAUCUGAAAGAGUUUCAAUCCCUUGAAACUUUGGACUUGAGUAGCAAUAAUAUUUCAGAGCUUAAGACUGCAUUUCCAUCCCUACAGCUCAAAUAUCUGUAUAUCAACAGCAACCGAGUCACGUCAGUGGAACCUGGGUAUUUUGACAAUCUGGCUAACACACUUCUUGUGUUGAAGCUGAACAGGAAUCGAAUCUCAGCCAUCCCACCCAAGAUGUUUAAAUUGCCCCAACUGCAACACCUCGAACUGAACCGAAACAAGAUUAAAAACGUAGAUGGACUCACAUUCCAAGGGCUUGGUGCUCUGAAGUCUCUGAAGAUGCAAAGAAAUGGAGUAACAAAACUUAUGGAUGGAGCUUUUUGGGGGCUGAGCAACAUGGAAAUUUUGCAGCUGGACCAUAAUAACCUAACAGAGAUUACCAAAGGUUGGCUUUACGGCUUGCUGAUGCUGCAGGAACUUCAUCUCAGCCAAAAUGCCAUCAACAGGAUCAGCCCUGAUGCCUGGGAGUUCUGCCAGAAGCUCAGUGAGCUGGAUCUAACUUUCAACCACUUAUCGAGGUUAGAUGAUUCAAGCUUCCUCGGCCUGAGCUUACUAAAUACCCUGUACAUUGGGAACAACAGAGUCAGCUACAUCGCGGACUGUGCCUUCCGGGGCCUUUCUAGUUUAAAGACUCUGGAUCUGAAGAACAAUGAAAUUUCUUGGACUAUUGAAGACAUGAAUGGUGCUUUUUCUGGGCUUGAUAAGCUGAGGCGGCUAAUACUCCAGGGAAACCGGAUACGAUCUAUUACCAAAAAAGCCUUCACUGGUUUGGAUGCAUUAGAACAUCUAGACCUGAGUGACAACGCAAUCAUGUCUUUACAAGGCAAUGCAUUUUCACAAAUGAAGAAACUUCAACAAUUGCAUUUAAAUACAUCAAGUCUUUUGUGUGAUUGCCAACUAAAAUGGCUCCCGCAGUGGGUGGCAGAAAACAACUUUCAGACCUUUGUAAAUGCCAGUUGUGCCCAUCCUCAAUUGCUAAAAGGAAGAAGUAUCUUUGCUGUUAGCCCAGAUGGCUUUGUGUGUGAUGAUUUUCCCAAACCCCAGAUCACGGUUCAGCCAGAAACACAGUCGGCAAUAAAAGGCUCCAAUUUGAGUUUCAUCUGCUCAGCUGCCAGCAGCAGUGACUCCCCAAUGACUUUUGCUUGGAAAAAAGACAAUGAACUACUCCAUGAUGCUGAAAUGGAAAAUUAUGCACACCUCCGGGCCCAAGGUGGCGAGGUGAUGGAGUACACCACCAUUCUUCGACUGCGCAACGUGGAAUUUGCCAGUGAAGGGAAAUAUCAGUGUGUCAUCUCCAAUCACUUCGGCUCAUCCUAUUCUGUCAAAGCCAAGCUUACAGUAAAUAUGCUUCCCUCGUUCACCAAGACCCCCAUGGACCUCACCAUCCGUGCCGGGGCCAUGGCGCGCUUGGAGUGUGCUGCAGUGGGACACCCAGCCCCGCAGAUCGCAUGGCAGAAGGAUGGGGGCACGGACUUCCCAGCUGCACGGGAGAGACGCAUGCAUGUGAUGCCCGAGGACGACGUGUUCUUCAUCGUGGACGUGAAGAUAGAGGACAUCGGGGUAUAUAGCUGCACAGCUCAAAACAGUGCAGGAAGUAUUUCUGCGAAUGCUACUCUGACUGUCCUAGAAACGCCAUCGUUUUUGCGGCCUCUGUUAGACCGAACCGUAACCAAGGGAGAAACGGCCGUCCUGCAGUGCAUUGCUGGUGGCAGCCCUCCCCCCAGACUGAACUGGACCAAAGAUGACAGCCCUUUGGUGGUAACGGAAAGGCACUUUUUUGCAGCGGGCAACCAGCUGCUCAUUAUCGUGGACUCAGAUGUCAGUGACGCUGGGAAAUACACGUGUGAGAUGUCUAACACCCUUGGCACUGAGAGAGGGAACGUGCGCCUCAGUGUGAUCCCCACUCCUACCUGCGACUCCCCUCAGAUGACUGCCCCAUCGUUAGACGAUGACGGCUGGGCCACUGUGGGUGUCGUGAUCAUAGCCGUGGUCUGCUGUGUGGUGGGCACGUCGCUCGUGUGGGUGGUCAUCAUAUACCACACACGGCGGAGGAAUGAAGAUUGCAGCAUUACCAACACAGAUGAGACCAACUUGCCAGCAGAUAUCCCGAGUUAUUUGUCCUCUCAGGGGACGUUAGCUGACAGACAGGAUGGGUACGUCUCCUCAGAAAGUGGAAGCCACCACCAGUUCAUCACAUCUUCAGGUGGUGGAUUUUUCUUACCCCAACACGACAAUAGUGGGACCUGCCAUAUUGACAACAGCAGUGAAGCAGAUGUGGAAGCUGUCACGGAUCUGUUCCUUUGCCCCUUCCUGGGAUCCUCAGGCCCUGUGUAUUUGAAGGGGAACGUGUAUGGCUCAGAUCCUUUUGAAGCCUAUCAUACAGGUUGCAGUCCUGAUCCAAGAACAGCUUUAAUGGAGCACUACGAGCCCAGUUGCGUAAAGAAAAAGGAGUGCUACCCGUGUUCUCAUCCGUCAGAAGACUCCUGCGAACGGGGCUUGAAUAGCACAGGGUGGCCUUUGCAUGUGAGGAAGCUGCUGGGCACAAGUUACUCUCAAAAUGAAGGACCUGGAAUGAAAAAUGUGUGUCUGAACAAGUCCUCUUUGGAUUUUAGUACAAGUCCAGAGCCAGCAUCGAUUACGUCCAGUAAUUCUUUCAUGGGUACUUUUGGAAAACCUCUCAGGAGACCUCACCUCGAUGCCUAUUCAAGCCUGGGACAGCAGCCGUCAGAUUGUCAGCCAAGAGCCUUUCACUUGAAAGCUCAUUCUUCCCCAGACUUGGACUCUGAGUCAGAGGAAGGUGGAAAAGAAAGGACAGAUUUUCAGGAAGAAAAUCACAUUUGUACCUAUAAACAGACAUUAGGAAACUACAGGACUCCAAAUUUUCAGUCUUUUGACUUGGACACAUAGACUGAAUGGGACCAAAGAAAAGCUUUAACAUACUACCUCAAAUGAACUUUUAUUUAAAAGAAAGAAAAUCCUAUGUUUUUAAGUGGAGUUAUGUAUUUUAAAAGGAUAAAAUGCCUUAUUUAUGCAGAUGAACCAAAAUUACAAAAAGUUAUAAAAAUUUUAUACUGGGAGUAACUUUCAUAUAAGAAUACCUUUUUAAACUACUUUAUAACUUUGUUUUAUGCAAAAAAGUAUCUUAUGUAAAUUAAUGGUAUAAAUUCAUGACUAUUUUAUGUAUUUUUAUAAUGCCAGAUUUCUUUUUAUUGAAAAUAAGUACUAAAGCCUUUUAAAUAAUACCUGUCUUGUAUCUUUUUUGAAUAGAGUUUACUUCAUUUUAUUUUGCACAUUAUAUUUAAUAAAAUGCGUCAUUUUGA